GCCGGGGUGUUGGAGCGGAUCCACCUCAACUUCCGCCUCGGCUACCUCAAGGACGUGGCGCUGCCCAGGCUCCUGGACGACGCCUCGCUCGCGGCCUUGACGCAGAUGAUCCACUCGAACCUUUCGGCCAUUGUCGACCAGAUCCUCCAGCACCCGCCGCUGCUGAACCGCCUGCUGGAGCUCGCUG